CGUCCCAGGACUCUCAACCGGAAGGGUGAAUGUAAACAAAGUAGUUGAGAUUUAGAAGUAGAGUAGACUGUUCUCUUCUAGUGUUACUGAAACAAUUGCUUGUAUUAAUUUUUUUUUUAUAAACUAUGUACACUAAUUAACGUUGGACCGACUAAGUGCUAAACCUGUUGAUUCAACGAUAUUCGUGUGUCGAAAAUGGAUUUCUUGCUAUCUUGCUGCUAGCGAGCGUUAGCUAAACUGCUAAUCUCACUGCGCUAGCUAAACGUUGAGCGUUAAUAAGCGACCAGCACCAAUGCCUCAAGAGGGAGAGCAGUCUCUUCCACUGGUUCGCUCCCUGAACAGUCGAAUACCGAUAAAUGCUGUGUUUCGUAACCUCAGUCCCCGUGUCGUACGACCACUAUGGAUCGAUUACCGCGGAGAACCCCGGGCAUAUGUUGAUUUACAGCCAGGAACGGGACGAGAAAUGUCGACAUUUGUCGGUCACCCAUGGAUGUUCAGAGAUGCAGAGACUGAUGAGCCACUGAGGGUGAACUGCAAAGAACUGUAUCUUCCUAAACCAGCAGAGGGUAGAAAUGCUAAUAUCACUUUACCAGUUUACAGCCUAAAGGAUCGUGCUCUUCAGGUUAUUCGGCGUCUGGUACGAGCAGAAGACUACAGGAGGUUGGAAAUAGCACGGUGUCUCCACGAGGAGCUGGAAGAUCUGCCCAGUGUAUUGAAAGAUCUCCAGCGCAUGAACCAGCGAGUAGAGCAGCAUCUGCUGGAGAGGAUCCAUUGCCAGGAGGAAUGAGGGAUGAAACUGGAUGAAUCAUAGUCCCAUAUAGACAGCAAUAAUAUAUUCCACAAUAUUAGAAAGCACAGAAGCCAGAAUGAAUUAAAUAUAAGAUACAACGUUGGAGUUACGUCUUGGGUGAGUGAGCAGCUGUUGCAAAGUCUUACAUUUGCUGCAAAGGAAUUGGAUCUGCUGUCUGUUAUAUUCACUCAUUGGCUUAGGCAAAUGUCUUCCUCUGCAGAAAAAAAAACUUUGUUGCAUUCACCCUUUAGGACAAGAAGUGUUCAGUUCAUCUUCAGUUAAAUAUUAUUGUUUAACCUCUAAAAUGGUAUUUAUUCCUUAAAGGCAAGAGAAAUGGGGACCUUCUAGUUAUUGAUACCUAUCUGAUGUCCCUCUCUACUUUGUUUUGCCAUAUUGCCACUCUGUCCUAUGCACAAGACAUAUCUUUCAGUACAACUGUGUUUUUUUCAUGCAAAAACAGUGUUAUAACUUCUGUCCUAAAUAUCAUGUUAUAAAGGAGACUAAAUAAAAAGUAUAUGGUCACAUUAGAUAGAUAGAGAAUUUCAGAGAGAUAUGUGUUGUUAAUAUUCUGAGUGGGAAUGCCUGAGAUAAGGUGAUCUUAACCAAUUCCGUUUACUGCACAUCACCCCUCAUAAACAUCUUACUUUGUUAUUCUAGCAGUUAAAAGACUGAACUCUUAAAUUAACUCUCAUCCUAAAGCUUUUGCUUUGGAACUUUAAAUCUGGAAAAGAAUUUGGAGUAAUUAUGGGUAUAUUUUCCAAGUUGUUCUAUUCUGCUGGAUGUAGACAUUUUUCAGAAUAUACCUAUCAACAUAAAUGGACCGUCUCUAACAUAACUUAGUCUUCUAACAUUUUGUCUUGCUGCUGAUUUCCUAUAGUAAAAAACAAUUAACAUUGUCUUUGCAUUUUUUAUAGACUAGGCUGUAAAAA